AAAUUGAUUGUGGGCCCAAGGCAUGGGCAGUGCUCAAGGACCUGCACGCUCCGACAUCGGUUGCCGCUUCUCUCAUGCUGGAUCGGGAGCUGUCCAUGCUGCGGUUGAGCGAGAAUGAACCUGUGCAGCCCGUCCUGGACAAGAUGAGGGAACUCUACGCGAAAUUGGCGAUUGCAGGCAUCACGUACCUGGAGCAGACUAAGUGUCUCAAGAUGCUCAGCCUGCUGCCCGAGUCUUGGCUGCAAUUUAUAAGCGGACUCAGCUUGCCACAAAACCAAAGUCAAUGGACAUUGGAGUGGAUACGCACCAAGAUUCUGGAAGAAGAUUUUCGUCGCUAUACACUGCGCGGAGGAGUGACGGUUUCUGCAAGGUCGGGGGAGACUGAUUGGGAAACCGCACACAGACGUCUAGGGCAUGUGGCUAUGCCAUUGCUGCAGCAACUGCAUAAGGAAGAGGCAGUAAAGGGGCUGAAGCUUUCUGGGCAACCAAAUGAUACCAAAGAGCAAGGGGUGGCUACUCUGGGAGCCCUCAAAGAAUGUGCUGUUUGACAGUCGGGAUGUCAAAUUUGUGGAGAACAUCAUGUAUGGCAAGUGGGAGAAGCAGCCAGAGGCAAGGGUCACCCAGCAGCUGGAAGAGAUCACUAUGCACUUCGAUUUGUCCGAACCUGAGGACAGCGAAGUCACUGCGCCAACGGCAAGCGGUACUGAUGAAAGAAGCAAUGAGGAUAUUG